AAGUCUCUCCUUUUGCCUUGAGAAUGCAAUGGAGAGACAGGCUUUCCUCGCCUUCUUCCAUGCUACAUUUUUUUCCUCAACCCUCCUAAAAUUUUCCAUUGCAGCCGAUACCUUAAGUUCAAGCCAAUCCCUGAGGGAUGGUGAAACUUUAGUUUCACCCGGCCAAAAGUUUGAGCUCGGCUUCUUCUCUCCCGGAAGCUCAAAAAACAGGUACUUGGGAAUAUGGUAUGUUAGAACCCCAGAUACAGUUGUUUGGGUUGCAAAUAGAAACAACCCAAUCAUAGAUGCACAAGGCAUCCUAGCUAUCAGUAGUGAUGGAGGAUUGAUCCUUCGAAAUGGAACUCAGAGCAUCAUCUGGUCAUCAAACUCAACAAGAGCGUCAGCAGAAGAAAUCACUCCAAUCGCUCAGCUCUUAGAUUCUGGAAAUCUUGAACUCAUUGAGAGAACAAAAACAUAUUCUGUCCUAUGGCAGAGCUUUGAUUCCAUGUGUGAUACCCUGUUACCAGGCAUGAAGCUUGGAGCAAAUACUAACACAGGUCUAGAUCAGCAUAUGACAUCAUGGAAAGCUGCCGAUGACCCAUCUCCAGGAGAUUUCACUUACAGAAUUGAAAAUAAUGGGUUGCCUCAAUUGGUUAUCACCAUGGGAUCAACCAAAAAGUACCGAUCCGGACCAUGGAAUGGACUUCGAUUCAGUGGCCAUCAAGCAGGCAACAAUCCGGCUUUUAAACCUGUAAUGGAAUUUAACAACACUGAAUUGAUCUCUUUCUAUGACCCAUUCAACUCUGUCAUAAAAAGAUCAACACUAAGCCAGUCAGGGUAUCUCCAACGCUAUGUACUGAAUGAAAAGAGCGGCAGUUGGGAUCUCAUGUUUACGGCACCAGUUGAUUUGUGCGACAGUUAUGGGCAGUGUGGACCUAAUGGUAUUUGCAGAACCAGCAAAGCACCGAUAUGCGAGUGUUUGAAGGGGUUCAGUCCAAAAUCCCAACUAGAAUGGGAAAUGCUUAACUGGUCCAAAGGGUGUGUGAGGAGUGUGCCGUUGAAGUGCCAGAAAGGAGAAGGGUUUGUGAAGGUUGCACGUGUUAAGUUGCCUGACCUCUUGGAUCAGUUUCAGCUGAACACUACUAUGAGCCUCAGGGAAUGCAAGGAGAAAUGCUUGAGGGACUGUUCUUGCAUAGCUUAUGCCAAUUCAAAUGUCAGUGGAAGGGGAAAUGGUUGUUUGAUGUGGUUUGGGGAUCUGAUUGAUACCAGAGAGUUCGUCCCACAAGAUGAUAGUGAGCAAGAUAUCUACAUCCGCUUGCCGGAAUCACUUUACCCAAAGAAGAAGAAGAAAAGACUUCUGAAGAUCUUACUGCUAUCAGCCACUUCAGGAACACUUACCUUCUGCUUCGUAUGCGGGUGCAUAAUCAUCAAGAUGAACAAAAAGAGAAGUCUAAAAGGAGAGAAAGAAAACUUGGAAUUACCUGUGUUUGAUUUGGCAACUAUUUCUGCUGCCACUAGAAACUUCUCGCAGGAAAAUAUGGUUGGAGAAGGUGGCUUUGGUCCUGUUUACAAGGGAAAGUUGUCGAUGGGACAAGAAAUUGCCGUGAAAAGACUCUCAAAAAGUUCCGGUCAAGGUCUAGAAGAGUUUAAGAACGAAGUUGCCUCAAUUGCAAAACUUCAACAUAGGAACCUCGUCGCGCUUCUGGGAUGCUGCAUUCAAGGAGAAGAAACGAUGUUAAUCUACGAGUAUAUGAGCAACAAAAGCUUGGAUUAUUUUAUUUAUGAUCACAACAGAAAGGCAUUAUUGGCUUGGCAAAAGCGGUUUGACAUUAUCAUGGGGAUUGCAAGGGGACUUCUCUAUCUCCACCAAGAUUCGAAGUUAAAAAUAAUACACAGGGAUCUCAAAGCAAGCAAUAUUUUACUAGACGGCGAUCUGCUUCCUAAAAUUUCUGACUUUGGAUUAGCACGAAUUUUUGCAGGAGAACAAAUAUCUGCAAAAACAAAAAGAAUCAUUGGAACAUAUGGCUAUAUGUCUCCAGAGUAUGCAAUUGAUGGAAAGUUCUCUGUGAAAUCCGACGUAUUCAGCUUGGGUGUUCUUUUGCUCGAAAUAGUGAGUGGUAAAAGGAACAGAGGUUUUAAUCAUCCGGAUCACCACCACAGCCUUCUAGGGCAUGCAUGGCUGCUAUGGAAUGAAGACAAGUCUUUGGAACUAAUGGAUACAGGUUUGAAGGAUUCAUGUGUUGAAUCUGAAGUACAGAGAUGCAUUCAAGUGGGCCUAUUGUGCAUUCAGAAACUCCCAGAAGACAGGCCGGCAAUGUCAACUGUAGUAUUCAUGUUGGGAAAUGAGGGUGGAGUGUUGCCUAUGCCUAAAGAACCGGGUUUCUUCAUUGAAAGAAGCUCCAUUGAUGAAUCAUAUACAAAUGCUGCAGCAAGCAUAACAACACUUGAAGCUAGAUGUACACUUGUUUGUAUUUCUCAAGCGGUGUAUGUUCACUUUACUGAGGAAACUGUAAAGAGCCAUCAAUCAUGCCUCGCUCUAGUGGAGAAGGCCCCCUGGAGCACUGAAAAAUCACUCCUAAGAGUGCACAGGGGUGUCAAUAGCACGAGCCUACUGAGUCUUGACAAGCAAUCAAUUCAAGAUGGAUAUGUGAAUCCCACACCAAAAGGUAGAAGCGUGAGGUGGAAAUGGAUCAUCACAGCACUUGCAGUUUCCAUGACCCUGUUAACUGCAUCCUUCUUUUACUGUAUUCGGAGGAGAAAGUUAAAAAAGAAAGUUAACUUAGCAGGGAAGGACUUGUUGUCAUUUGAUCUUGGCGCAAGCAUUGGAGCAGACAAUAACACCCUGACUGAAGCAAGUAAGAGUCAAAAUAGUAGCAAGGGGGAAGUUGAUUUACCACGGUUCAGUUUCUCUAGUGUAACUGCAGCUACUAAUAACUUCUCUGAUGCAAAUAAGCUCGGAGAGGGUGGUUUUGGACCUGUUUACAAGGGAAAGUUACAAAGAGGACAUAAGGUGGCUGUGAAAAGGCUUUCUAGGAAAUCUGGACAAGGAUUGGAGGAAUUUCAAAAUGAGGCAAUGCUCAUAGCAAAACUUCAACACAAGAAUCUUGUGAGUCUACUGGGCUGCUGUAUUGACAGAGAUGAAAAAAUUUUGAUCUAUGAGUACAUGCCCAACAAAAGCUUGGAUUUCUUCCUUUUUGAUCCGAUCAAGCACGGGAUACUAAAUUGGGAGUUCCGCCUUAAAAUUAUCGAAGGAAUUGCUCAAGGGCUUCUCUAUCUUCAUGAGUACUCAAGGUUACGAAUUAUCCAUAGAGACUUGAAAGCUAGCAACAUUCUCUUGGAUAAAGACAUGAACUCAAAAAUAUUAGAUUUUGGGAUGGCAAGAAUAUUCGGAGGCAGCGAAUCACAAGCAACAAAUCGAAUUGUUGGCACUUAUGGCUACAUGUCACCGGAAUACACCAUGGAAGGUCUCUUCUCAGUCAAAUCUGAUGUCUUCAGCUUUGGAGUAUUAUUGUUAGAGAUUCCAAGUGGCAAAAGGAACACAUGCUUCUAUAACACCGACUCCCUUAAUCUUCUAGGAUAUGCAUGGGACUUAUGGAAUAACGGCAGGGGACUGGACUUAAAAGAUCCGAUAUUAGAAGAUAUGUCUUCCACAAAUAUGCUGCUGAGAUACAUUAAUAUAGGGCUGCUUUGUGUUCAAGAAAGUGCAGCCGAUAGACCUACCAUAUCCGUUGUUGUAUCAAUGCUCACCAAUGAAAUUGUCCUUCUACCCUCUCCAAAACAACCUGCAUUUUCAACCAACAGGAGUGUCCUAGAUCAAACUUCACACAAACGCCCCCAAAUUUGUUCAGAGAAUGUUGUGACAAUCUCAAUUUUGGAAGCACGAUAAUGGUUCAUACUUCUGCAAGGAAUCAUUGUACUGUCAAUGUUAGUUCUUAGAGGAAGGUCGU